CGGGCCCUUCCCGCGCUUCUUUCAGGAAUGGCGGCCCCCAUGGGGCGAGUGCAUCUUUGGCUCCAGUGCCGGGGUCUGUGCUUCCUCCGCCGCGCCGAGGCCCGGCUGAGGGUCGCCGGGAACCGGUUCAGCUCCACGGAAGCUGCGGCAGCUACGCGGAGCGAGCCGCAGGGCCCCGGCAGCGAGGAAGCGGCGGCAGGUAAAAGUGGUUUCGAUUUCUCGGGAGGCCCCUUCCCGCCCGGCCUCGCGUCGCUCCCUCUCUCUCGAUGUCUGCCUGCUGCUUAGCAACUUGAGGGGAGAGGCUGAGGGACCCUCAAGGGGGUGAGCAGCGAGGCGAAGGGAUGCGCUGGUGGCAGCCGACUUAAGAUGGCUUUGAAAAGGGACGAGUGAUAAAGCUACCAGUGGCUAUAAUCUUGAAAGCAGUACAGUGGUACCUCGGGUUAAGUACUUAAUUCGUUGCGGAGGUCCGUUCUUAACCUGAAACUAUUCUUAACCUGAAGCACCACUUUAGCUAAUGGGGCCUCCUGCUGCUGCCGCACCGCCAGAGCCCGAUUUCUGUUCUAAUCCUGAAGCAAAGUUCUUAACCUGAAGCACUAUUUCUGGGUUAGCAGAGUCUGUAACCGGAAGCGUAUGUAAUCCGAGGUACCACUGUAUCGCCUCCAGGGCACCUGUUGAUAGUGUUUUAAUAUUGCAUCCAUACAGGGCCGACCCACCCAUGAGGCAACUGCCUCAGGCGGUAGGAUCCAACCGGGGCAGCAGAUCCGAAUGUCAAGCUUUCUCUGUCCCGCCACCACCACUGCCUUGUUCCUGAUGUAGAUCUUCCCUUGCCUGUUCUUCCCUGGUAGGGAUGGAGUUGCCCUUUUCGGGUCCGCUUCAGUUGAACCUAUACUGGUGUGGCCAGCCGAGUUGUGCAGCACCAGCAGAGUAGUCCAGCAAAGCUUCACAAUCUUCGCCUUUUCCUGUCGUAGGCCUUUCUAGAAUUGACAGUGAAGAAAACACAUUGCCCACACGGUUCAGUAUAAAGUGUUUUAUUGACUGAAGACAAUUCAAAUACACUAUACACACACACAUGCUUCAUAAGUUGUAUUAAUGCAUCAUAAACUGUACUGCUUACAGGAACUUGGUCUUAGAGGUUAAAGUGAAGAAAUUCAAAUACACAGAAAGAUUCAAGUUUGAAGAGAGAUCCACCACCACCACAAAUAGCAAUUCACCACCACCACCCACAUUGCUGCUGAAUGCAGCCAUGGUGUUAGACCUGUCAGUGUGCCUGCACAGGUUCUUUGGAGAAAGUGGGUAUGGAUGAGUCAUGCCAAAGGCCUAUGGCCUUGAGCUGUUUCAAGAUGCCCACCACAGCUGGCAUCCUAACCAUGAAUAGAUUUCAGGUGUUGAGGAAGGGCACCUUGAGAAACAGACCGAGCUGUUGGUGCAAUUUUGCGCAUAUUCCCAAAUUACACAAACACCUGUGAAUACUAAUGUUACUGCAGUCAUGUCUCCCUAUAGGCAUCUGGUUCACCACUAUGGAAAGCAGGGUGCGGGCCUUUGGUCUGAUCUAGCAGGAUUCCUCUUAUGUUCUUAUACCUGGUGCCUGGGGCUGUUUUCAGUUGAGCAUAGUGUGCUUUCACACACACAAACUUUUAUGUAGCAAAACAAAAAUGCACACAAACUUUUAUGUAGGGUUUUUUUGGGGGGGGGGGGUUGUCAUGUAGUACGUACCUUUUUGCUUUUAAAAAUGAAGUACAUGUACUAAUAUCAGGCUGUAAAACUCUGCUCAUAUAAUCUGUUUCCCCCUCCCUUUCCAUCCAGGUACUGAAAUUAGCACCAGAAAGAAGACAUUCAGUAAGAUCUUAGCAGAAAGACGAGAGCAGGCACAAAGAACCGUGUUAAUUAACUGCCCAUCCAAAAUCAAUGAGAAAAAACUACUCAAAUACUUGUCAUCUCAUGGAAACAUUAAGAAUCACUUCUUCUAUGAAAGUUACGUAAGUAUUUUCAGCAUUAGCAACUGAAUUUGUGUGAUUCAAAUAGAAAGACCCAAGAGCAGAUGGACUUGCGAUAACUCAUCUGUAUCCUUUACAGAAGUGGAUAGCAUGGAAAUUAGUGUUUGGCAGAUUUUAAAAUACUUGCACACAAAGGUCUCCCAAGGCAACUUACAAAAUACAGUUAGUUUCAUAUACAUAGGAGGAACAUUUAGCUUUACAGUGGAACCUUGGUUCUCAAAUGGCUUAUGGUAGUUGACGAACACAUCGGCUCCCGAACGCCAAAAACCUGGAAGUAAAGUGUUCCAGUUUUUGAACAUUUUUCAGAAGCCGAACAUCCGACGCGGCUUCGCUUGAGUGCAGGAAGCUCCUUCAGCCAAUCAGAAGCCACAUCUUGGUUUUCGAAUGUUUCGGGAGUCAAACGGACUUCCAGAACGAAUUAAGUUUGAGAACCAAGGUACCACUGUAGUCUUAACAUGUUAAAAAAAAUGAAAAAUCAUUCUAAUGCCCAGCCUAUGUUUACAGAUAAAAUCUGUUAUGUAUCAUACUACAUAAAUGUUACUAUUUCUUUUCUAUUAUUUCAGGGGAUGUAUGCAGUAGUAGAAUUUUCUGAGACCGACAGUAUAGCUUCACUGCAGGAUGCUACUGGUUCUGUACAGUUGGUGGAUGAGUGUCCUGUUCCAUUUAAAUCCAGAAUUUUUACAAUAACAUUGAAAAACCCACCAAGCCAAGCUUCCAAUCAGACUCCCGUUUACCGUCAUAAACAGGCAACUAUUCAAGUUGGAGAGCUGCUGACGAACCUAUGUAAUGCUGACAGUGUAAGUUCAUGUUUGCAAUUUCUCUUACAAGAAAUAAAGCAGCUUUUAUUAUUGUGUUGAAUAUGUAACUGAAAAGCUGAAUCAGAAACGCUGAUCAGAAAGAGGGUGAAUGGUUUUUAAUGCAUGUAGUAAAUAGUUCCAUUAAUAUUUUUGGAAAAAUCGGUGCAAUACUUGUUAAUACAAUAGAACUGUUACCAAUGGAAUAAAUAUCAAUUUGUGAUUUUUCUCCAGAUCUUUUAAAUAGGACAGAGAAUGGUCAUGCUUACUGAUAAUGAAGUAGCUCUUGCAUUUUCAAUACUAAGAAGCUGAAAGCAAAAUAAAGAACUUCUAUGAAGGAUUAGAUAGUUCAUGUUGGUAGUAGCUACUAAUUAAUCUGGAUCAUGAAAAACUAAAUUUAUAAACAGUGCUUCCAUUCAUGCUUCUGAGAGAGGCAGCAAUAAUGAAUCGUAUAAUAUCAAAAUGAAUUUUCAUGUAAAGAAACUUAACUUUUUCAGAAAUCUUGAUUCCAGGAAUAGGAAUCAUUAGUGAACUCUCUUUGCAUUAAGUUGCCUGGCAUGAAAUCACCAGCACAGUACAGAGAUUUUUAGAGAACACAAUCAGUUAACUGAGCCUCACUAUUGGCUCACAUAAACAUCCUAGGACCAACCCAACAUUCUUUGUGGUUAAACAUUGCAGGAGAAGCCUUGUAGCAUUGAGUAAUUUUGUUGUUUGAAUAGAACCUUGUGCGCCAUUACAGAUCAUCAAGUUGCAAAUUCCUGAUAGAAUUCUGAUGAACUUCCAUGCCUCCGGAACCCAGUAACUUGCACUCAUGUAUGUUCUCAGUACAUUUAGUGACAAAGUUCAUCCUUUGUCUUCAAAGUCGAUGUUGUGCAUUUAUUCUGGGUGCAAAGCUAUAUAGCGUUAACUUAUGUCUGUUACAGUGGCUGUGUUUGCACUUUGUAGUAAGCCAUAGUUACUGACUUACGGUGACCAAGCAGAUUGCUUCUGCUUCACUCCUCCCCAAUAGUUUAGCUUUCCAAACAUGGUUUGUUGGAAAUGAAACAAACCACGACCCCUGGUUUGGAUGUAAUGCUAAGCCAAGGAUCAUGACUUAUUGCUCCCACUCACUAGUUGAGAGGAACAAAGCAGGAACAGUUAGCACAUUCACAGUAAACCACCAAUUAUAAUUUAAUGACAUGGCAACAGGGUGACUUUACAUAUUUGCUAAAUGUAUCACUUGGUACACUCGGAUAACAGUAGAUGUUAGAACUUGAGACAUUCUGAUGAUUAAUAUUAGGAUGAAAAUGUCAGUGGGUUGUGGUGGCUUACAAAUUCCAUCCCUUUUAAUCUUCAGUAGUGCACAGUAAUUUAGCAAGCACCAAAUAGCAGGAACAAUUAAGCCAGUAGGACUACCAAAAGGGGAUGUUUUAAGCCAAGUAUGUAAGAAUUGCUGUAUAUAGAAGUUACUUGUGUCUUUUCUGAAUCUGUUGAUCUUCCAUUGAACCAGUAUCUAUUGUGUUCAGUGCAGAGAGAAAUGAUGUUUAAAGGACUUGUAUUUAAAUAAUCUUUAUGGAUGGAUUUGGAAAGAAAGAAUGCUGAGUUUACCCUCUGCUUGCUUUAUGUUGUAAAGUUGUACCUUGCAGACAAUGCAGCUGUUUCUCAACUCUCAAAGGUCACCUAAGUGCCUCACAUAACCUGAGAUUGAGUUCCCUCUCUCCCUUUUUUUGUCAUUGCAGGUGAGCGACCAGUUGUACAUGCUCGUAGAGAAGUAUCAGCUAACAGAAGAAAACACUAAGCUCCGAUUUUUUACCUGCUCUUUAAUUCAAGACAUUGCAAGUGCUUAUUUUCCAGACUGCAUUGUGAAGCCCUUUGGCUCUUCUGUGAACAGCUUUGGUAAACUGGGAUGUGACUUAGACAUGUUUUUGGAUCUGGAUGCGAUCCGAAAAAAUGCUACCCAAAGGGUAAGGUCUUUCUCUAACAGCAUCCUCCAUUGGUUUGUCGUUUGAUUAGAAUGUGGAAUGACUGUUUUGCAAUCAUGACCAUUUUUAUUAAUUUUAAUUAUAAAAUUUGUUUUAAUUGCCAUGAUGCAAAUCAAAGUUGGCUACACCUGCAGCUUUUUUGGUUUGUUUUUGUCAUUUUGCACAGCUGUUACUGAGCUUCCUGAAUGCCGUGCAUUCAUCUUAAGCAGCUUUUUGUGCAUCCAUGUCUCCCAGUCUUUAAGUAUAUAUACUUACUAGUUUAUUCAUACAACUGAGCAACAGGUUAGUUCUAAGCUGGAAAAAGCCUACCCUUGCGUGUGUACGUUAUGGCUUCAUUUGCCGUACUCCAUUCAAAUUAUCAGAGGAUCAAAUAUUUGUAGGCCUAAUCCUUUCUCAAACAUGAGCUUAUAAUUUAUACAUAGCUCCUUGGAGAGCAUCUAGUGACAUUAUCUUCAAUUCAGCCACCAGAAGAAUUGCAUUGCAGUUGAUGUGUGAAUUAAUGUUACAGCUUCAACCCAAAUUUCCAGCCUGUAACUAAAGGCUUUUUCUUCAAGUACGAAACAAUAUCAUUGCAUUGUCUGGUUACCGUGUGUGUGUGUGUGUGUGUGUGUGUGUGUACUUCCCCUCCCUGCUAACCCUACUUCCUGGAAUUCCCUGACACUGAAAUUUGGGGAUCCUACAAAUUACUCAUAUUCAAGAGUGCUGUGUACAUAGAUGGUACUAUAAAGACUAAUUACCACCAUCUUCAAGUGCAUGGACCUCCUAGCAGUCAUUAGAGCAUCACCAGUACCUUAUCCAGUCAUUGUGGACAAAUGAAAGAGUCCUGCUUAUGCUGCAAGUGGUAAAGAAGGCACUGAAUUCCAGACCCUAAAGUCAAGGGUGGGAACCAGUGGCUCUCUGGAUGUUUAUGGAGCCCAGUGCUCAUUAUCACCAACCAGUAGUGAUGUGGGGUGAGAAUAUUUUGCGGAGAAUAUUCUUCACAAACUGUAAAUUCUAAUGUAAGAACCAGUUUUACAACCCACAUUUUAAAAACCUAGUAAAUAAUAAGUGAACCUGAGAUUUUAAUUAUUCCUUUUACUUUAAAAGCUACAUUUCAUACAUACACAACAUAAUUAGAAUUCAAUGUUGAUGGUAAAUAUACGGUUAGUGGCAGGCUUAGUGAUUAACGUGUGUCGUUCCCAUUGAAUUUUCAAUUUCAAGUUUCGUGCAAAAAAUCAAAGAAUGUGAACCCCCUGCAUUGCCCCAUUGAAUAAAAGUAUCUGUACAGUUUUUGGUUGCCAUCUGAACAAGUUUACCCAUGAAUAAACAUGUAUAUUAACUAUUUAUAUCAUUUUCAAUUCAUUAAAAUGAAUAUUUCCCUAUUUUAAAUGAAAAUUCUCUAAUAUUCUUGUUAAUCGAGAAUAUUCUCCAAAAGAUUUUUCUCGAGAAUUUAACACCACUACCAACCAACGGGGUCAAAGGUCAGGGAUGAUGGAUUCAGGGAGUCCAGCAACAUGUGAAGGGCUACAGCUUCCCCACCCUGCCCUAAACUUUUGACAGCAUUUAGUGCUUUUAUCAGCGUCACCCACAAAACAGUCUGCUCUCAUGCAUCUUUGCUUUCUGCAAUGAAAAUGGGACUUGGGUGCCUGUUCCAUGUGCUGCAUUGCAGCCGAUGGCCACAUUAACAUGCUCCUGGACAAUAAAUGCACAAGCACAGGAAGGGUUAAACACAGUGUCCACACGGGGAUAAGCAAACUAAGCAGGUUUGUUCCAGGCAGCUGCAAAGCCGUGUACAUUUCCUCUAUGCAAUUAGCCAAUCUUAUCUCAAACAGCAGCAUAUGCAAACUGUAGUAAUGCGGUUCACGGUUACAUUUUUCUCAUGACAGUAUAAUAAAAUGCUGCCCAUCAGCACAAAGGAGUCCCAGAUAUACCACUUCCUCCUUUUGCGUAAUUUUGCCAGAGUGUAUUGGCCAACGCUGCCUUGUUUUGCUCAUGUAAACAGAGGCUGUGUGCUUAAAAACCCAUUUCCCCGUCACAUGUGGGAAACCCCUGACUUUCUCCAGGUUGGUUUUUCUCUCUACUGAGAGAACUGGCUCAGUUUCAGUUUUUGCCUUGAGGCAGCUUUUCUUGUCAUGGAUAUGGAUGGUGCAUGUGUUUCUAAUAUCUGAGCAUUUCUUUAACAGCAUUGCUUUUAUAUAAAAAAAGUUAAAUCUAUUCCUCUGAAGGGUCCAUUAGAGCUGGACAUGAUUCAGACUGGCUGGGCUCCAAGCGGUUGCAGGCGGCAUGUCCCUGCCUGUCCUUUCUCCUGCUGCAGCCUCCAUAUGCCCCUCUCCCUCCCAAGCUGAAGCAGCAUCUAGGGCAAGCCAGGACAAGUUAGUGGAAACCAGGUAUAAGUGGGGCUCUUUGGAUCCUGGCCAUUUAAUUUUAGGGAUAUAACUGCUCUUCCCUGCUUCAUAUAACACCAGUGCUCUGAGAUAUGCAUUGGUCGCCAAUUUGCUACCAAGCCAAGUUCCAGAUGUUACUAUUAGUAUACAGUGGUACCUCGCAAAACGAAUGCCUCGCAAGACAAAAAACUCGCAAGACGAAAGAGUUUUUCGUUUUUUGAGUUGCUUCGCAAGACGAAUUUCCCUAUGGGCUUGCUUUGCAAGACGAAAAACGAAAACGUCUUGCAAGUUUGUUUCCUUUUUCUUAAAACCGUUAAUACCCAGGGUGCAUUGCUUGAAGAGGUGCAGUUGCGACUUGACUUCGAGGAGCAACUCAUAGCACGCGGUGUGGUAGCCUUUUUUGAGGUUUUUGAAGACUUUGGUGAUUUUGAAGACUUUGGGAAACCGUGCUUCGCAAGACGAAAAAUUCGCAAGACGAAAAAACUCGCAGAACGAAUUAAUUUCAUCUUGUGAGGCACCACUGUACAAAGCCCUUAACAACUUGAGGACAGUUUGCCUGCAAGAUAUGCCCACUCAACAGCUUUGAUUGGCAGAACUGGCACUGUUACAGAUGCCAUGUAAUACCCAUUCCACAUUUGUAAGGACUCGAUCUUUUAGUGUGGUGGCACCUACACUUUGGAACUCCCUGCCUAUUGAUAUCAGCCAGGCGCCUUCACUGUAGUCUUUGCUAAAAACAUGUUGUUUAGACAGGCCUACCGAGAUAUCUAGAAUGCCAAUGUGUUUCUAGAUUAUUGCUGGUUUUAAGUUUUUGAAUGUUUUCAUUGUUUUCACUAAUAAUUGUACAGUCAUAACUUGGUUCUCAAGUGGAAUCCAUUCCGGAAGUCCGUUCGACUUCCAAAAACGUUCGAAAACCAAGGCGCAGCUUUCAAUCAGCUGCAGGAGCUUCCUGCACUCAAUAGGAAGCCACAUUGGACAUUCGGCUUCCCAAAAACGUUCGCAAACUGGAACACUCACUUCCGGGUUUGCGGCAUUCGUGAGCCAAAACGUUCGAGUCGCAAGGCAUUCGAGAACCAAGGUAUGACUGUAUUGUUUAUUCGUUUUUUGUAAACCAAUUUGAAGUUCUUUUUUACAAUCAAGCAGUAUAAAAAUUAUGUUAAUUAAAUAAAACAAAUCUUUCGAGUUCUAGGUGUGUAACAAUAAUAUUUUGCUCAUUCGGGGGGGGGGCAAAGACUAAAAAGAGGCAAGUCGGUAGAAGAUGCAGGUGACAAUCCUAAUUUUCAAGUGCUCAUCAUCUUAUACAAAUUUCUGAAGAGGACACUGUGUCAGGGCUUGCCUUUGUUUUGAACGUUUGACUUAUUCUGUCUCUUUUGUGUUAGAAAACAGGUCCCUUCAACAUAGAUUAUCUAAUGAAGAGAGUACCUUCUGAACGAAUAGCAACGCAGAGGACCCUUUAUGUGAUUGGUGAAUUUAUUGAUAACUUUGGCCCUGGCUGUGUUGGUGUCCAAAAAAUACUUAAUGCUCGCUGUCCGUUGGUACGAUUUUCUCAUCAGCCUUCAGGAUUUCAGUGUGACUUGACAGCUAAUAAUAGGUAAGCAUUUUCAAAUGUACAUCCUACCGUCCAGGAAACUCAGGGCAAGGGUAGCCAGAAAUACCCUGUAAGCUUAGUAAUGUCUUUCCAGCCUGGUACUGCAUCCAUUGCACCAGAGAAAGGGAACCAGGUAAUCUCCAGCUGGUGGGCUCUUAACUCCCAUCAACCCCAGCCAGUGCAGCUAAUGGUCAGGGAUCAUGGAAGUUGUAGUUUAUCAACAGCUGGAAGACUGCAGGUUCCCCACCCAGACACUAUACAGUAUACCACACCAUAUUGGGUUUAGAUCUGGGUGCAUAAGUGGCUAUAGAGUGGCGGGAGCAGGCAAAAUGCAGAUUGGGAUCUGCUAGCAUCAAUAUAAUCUCUCUCCCGCCCGCACUUUAUUCCUCACCCCACUCCAGCAAUGGAGACUGAGAUUGUUUUGACCAAGCAAAGCUGGAUUAUCAGACAGGCCAGGAAAGCCCUGGCCUAGGGCCUCUGUCCAUGUGGCAUUGGUGCAGCCUGCAAAUUUCUCCCUAAAAAUUGCAGGUAAAGGGGCCCUUCUCAACAGGGCCUGUGGUGUUCAUAAUCAGGUGCCGGUUUUGACAAUGAUGACAGCACUAAAGGGUGUGGGGAAGGUCUGUUAAGUGGUCCACCAAGACUAACAGCAGUUUUCAAGUGGUCUGCUGAGGGAAACCACUUGAGAACCGCUGGAUAAAAAUAUACAGAUGGGCAUUAGUGUUGAGAUACAGUGGUACCUCUGGUUAAGUACUUAAUUCGUUCCGGAGGUCUGUACUUAACCUGAAACUGUUCUUAACCUGAAGCACCACUUUAGCUAAUGGGGCCUCCUGCUGCUGCUGCGCCACCGCCACGCGAUUUCUGUUCUCAUCCUGAAGCAAAGUUCUUAACCUGAAGCACUAUUUCUGGGUUAGCGGAGUCUGUAACCUGAAGCAUAUGUAACCUGAAGCGUAUGUAACCUGAGGUACCACUGUAUUAAAGAAAACUUUGUUUUUUUCACUUGAUGACCAGUAGGGGGAGCAGGCUUCUUAUUAAUAACAUUUCUGGCACAGUUUCUUUUUUUUUCCUUUGAGCGUUUUUCCUUUCCUUUCUUAAUUCCGUGUAUAGGGGAAAUACCAAUCGUAUGAAUACUUUACAGUUGCUUUUAUAAUAAACCACAGGAGACACCUGUGUUGAUGUUUUAUUGACCAGAUUAGCAUUUGUGAACUUUGCCAUGUUGAGUUCUCUGUGCCAGAAAAAAGCUAUUGUUUUGCCCUCUGCAAAGAAAGAUCGCAGUGCUUCUGUGUUACCACUCAUGUCUGACCCUGUCUGCCAGUCCUCCCUGAAGCCUCCUGAUACCAUUUCAGAUGGCCUUAGUUGCUUCCCUCUUUACCCUUCUGAGUGACAGCCCUGUUCUUAUGAGGAGAAAUAGUGGGUGAAAUCUAAUUAAGUUCUACUCAAAGUUGAAAUUAAUAACCCUGCAUUAGCCAUGAACAUUAAUUUCUCUGAGUAUGUCUAGCAUUGGAUACAACCUAGUAUCUCUUAAUGGGUCCACUUCUGGGUUGUGGAGCAGAUAUAUUAAUAAGCACAAUGCCCUCUACCUUUCUAAAGUUUGCAUCUCAGGGAACAUCAUACAUUGAGAAUUGUGAUUCUGUGUUGAUUUGACUCUUCAGCAAUAAACCAGCAAAGGUUUAUGCAAGCCUUACAGUUGUAGAUCCUUUGUCUCCUGUGAAACAGUCUGUUGCCAUUUCUUUAAAAAGGAUGCAUGCUUCCAGUUUUCCUGUUGGCAGGGGCUCUCCUCACACCCUCAUGUGUUGCACUUAUAGUUGUUGACAUUCUAUAUUGUCCCAUUGACCCUCUUCCAUUCCUUUUCCAACAGAAUUGCCCUGAAAAGCUCUGAGCUCCUAUAUAUCUACGGCAGCCUCGACCCGCGUGUGAGAGCUCUGGUGUUCAGUGUGCGGUGCUGGGCACGGGUCCAAGCCAUAACCAGCAGCAUUCCUGGCCCCUGGAUUACUAAUUUCUCGCUCACGAUGAUGGUCUUGUUUUUUCUGCAAAGAAGAAAGCCCCCCAUCAUUCCAACUUUGGAUCAGCUGAAGGAGCUGGCUGGUAAGAGGGAGGAUUUGACAAACAUGUGCAGGUGGAAUAAUAAUUAUAAGAUAUUUCUCCUGCCCUUCCUCCGGAAGGGACCCAGAGCAGAUACAACAAAGCAGAAAAGACAAUGCACUUUAAAAAACAAAACAAAAUGCAAAACCAGAUAUCCUCACAGCUAGGUUUCACAGUUCCCAGCACUAGCUGCAGUUCCCAGACAGUCUUCAAGGCCAGCCCCAGAUGAAGCACACUGCAGUAGUCCAAAAGGGGGGGUCAUUGGCAUGAUUGACUGAGGCCAGGUUAUCCCAGUCCAUAAAUGGCCAGAGCUAGGCAUAAGCACUUGUAGCCACAAAAGCUGCUUGGCAGUCCAGUUACAGAUUUAAAUUGAGGGACUACUUCCAGACUAUGCACCUGUUCCUUCAGGGAGAGUCUAACCCUACCCAGAACUUCACAGUGGUUGCAAUUUGUUUUUUAGUUGAUAAAAGCAAUGGAAGGAGGGUAAAAGUUAAGCAUUGCAAAUUGGAGCAGUUGCUUGGAUUUUGCACCACUUUCUACCUCUGCCUUUCCAAAAGGAGAGGCCACUGUUAGGAGCAAUGAGUACCUUGCUUACUCAUUUGGGCAUUCAAGGGGUAGUGUGUGUAUUUGUUGCUGUUUCAGUUGUAUUGCCUUUUCAUAUGCUGUAUCCCACCCUGGGACCUUCCAGUGAAGGGUGAGUAAGAGAUAUAAAUAAUCAUUGUCUUUUGUCUGUGCCUCAAUUGUUUUAAUGCUGAAGUGCUUGAACGGUUGUUUUUAUAAUUUGUCACACACUAAUUUCUAUGCGAUUAACUUCAUCCCUUAUCAAAUUCUAUAGUAUCUGUAUGUGAUAGUUCAAAAGUGUUUGUUUUUUGCUUUAGAUGCAGAAGAUAAGCAUGUGAUUGAAGGUCACGACUGUACCUUCGUUAGUGACUUGAACAAAAUUAAGCCCACAGAAAACACAGAAACCCUAGGUAAGAAGGCCCCCUUGUAAAUCUUUUCACCAGUCAGAUCUGAACUUGGGUCUCUUCUUUCCUUACUGUGCUUUUCCCCCUUUUUUCCAGAUGUACUACUGAGUGACUUCUUUGAAUACUUUGGAAAUUUUCAUUUUAACAAGUAUUCACUAAAUAUCAGGAAGGUAAAAGUAUUUAACUUUCACACCCUUGCGGGGUUUAUUGCCAGUCUUUAUGUUACUGUAUGAAAAUGUCUGAAUAUUGGAGAUGGGGUGGGGGGAGCAAAAUUGAUAUUAGUAAUUCUUCCUGCUUUGCUGUGUUGCUAUGACUGUAUUGUGCAGCCAGUAUGGGUUGGCAUUCAAUUCAGAAACCUCCAAAUGUAUUAUUUGGGUGAGAGAGGGGCUGUUUGCUGAAUGGAUGUGGGUGGCUUGUGGCAUUUUUUGAGAGGCCAUAUUGGGAGAACAUUUUACUACCUUGCUAGGUCCCUGCUAUGUUGGAUCUAAAUGGGCCUUGCUGACUAUAGCCUUAGGGCAAAACAUCUAAGACCACCCCUUGGGGUUUUUUUACUUGAUGCACAGACUCCAGCUAAGAGCCCCCUUGGGCUUAUUCACAGAUGGGGGCAAAAACAUGAAUCCUUCCUCCUCUUGUCAGUUAUUGUGAGUGAAAGAAAUAUGCAAAUAUGAAUUUUGCUGUGUUUGAGUAUGUGGAAAUUGCUGCCUUUCCACUCUUGAACUUUCCCUCUGAACCCAGUUCAUUGUCUCUGCCACCGCAGUCCUGGCUUGCCCAUCGAAAUGCUUCUCUAAGGACACAGCAUAUUGCCUGUGUUCUGUACUACAGGGGUAGGCAAAGUCAGGAUUGUUGGUGUCUUUUGCUAGAUCUGCAAACCAGAGCCUGGCAGAAAAGAUACUCUGCUAAUAUUGUAGAACAGGGUGCCUCUGAGCAUAUUCUAUGCCUAGAUAUUCCCCACCCCUCCACCCCCAGUACUAGAACUGAACUGAGCACUCAGACCUUUCACACACGAAUCCAUUUCUGGUUAGCUUACUUCAUUUCAGCAGUCUGCUAUAAGCAAGAAAAGCCAUUACACCAUUACAUUUCUGAGAGUUGGAAACUCUUGCUCAUCUACUGCAACUUACUAGAGAUCCACCAGUAGAUCCCGAUCUCCCUUCUGCAUACCUUUGCAUAGAAACACCUGGCUUUCUUUUGAAAGGCCCAGUAAAUGGGUGGUGGUGGUAGCAGUUUUUGGACUUUGCAUGGGUUUCUGCUUAUUUAUGCUUGCCUUGGGGCAGUCAGUAAUACACGGUGCACAUGUUAAAUGAUUUUUGUUUCACCACCGCCUCCUUUCCCCCCCAAAUAUACAGGGGAAAGAGCAAAACAAGCCAGAAGCGUCUGCUCUUCACAUACAGAACCCCUUUGAACAAAACCUUAAUAUCAGCAAGAACGUAAAUGCAACGCAGCUUGAAAGAUUUGUCAGUUUGGCCAGAGAGAGCGCCUGGCUUUUGCAGCAGACAGGGAAGAGUCCGUCCAGCAGCAACCAGCGCUGGGGACUGGCAGCCCUUCUCCUAACAUCAGCAGGAAAUAAUGCCAGCAAGGGUACGAGAAGGAAGAGGGGACCAGCCAGCGAACGGAUCAAGGGCUUGUUGGAAUCCUUGAAGCUUAGCGCUGAGAACGGGAAGAGGCCUUUUGGUACUCGGGCGUAGUAGUUUCUGCAGCAUCAACGAUGAUUGAUGGCUCCGUAUCUCUUGAGCAUCCUGGUUUCUGCAUGGAAUGAAAAGGUAGUCGUAGCAGCGCAGCCUUCAGGUCUUCUGCAACUGGGGAGGUUGAUACGCCGAAUCUCCUCUUGCCCUUCUUGACUGUGCUGCUCUUUUGGUUGAGAAAUAUCCAAUUUUUUAUGAAUUAAGUGUAUACUCAGUAGUGAUCGGAAAGGCACGAACAAAGGAUCUGAGAAUCUGGGCCUUGGAAAUAUUAUUGGUUAAAUAAGAGAGGGGGGAAAUGUACAGCAAACCUCUUCCUUCUGGGAACAGCUUGCACCUGCCAAGCACACUAAUGCACAGCAAACCAUUGUAGCCAAAGUACCUAUAUCCAUUUUUGUAACCACACCCAUAAACGAUGCAAGGUGAAAUAAAGUGAGCAAGGCAGAGUGGCUGCAUGUAGUUCUGCUGUCGUGGAAGUCUUCAGUGCUGAACAAGAAAUGUCUUUGUGAGUUUCAGUAUGAGAACAAAUACUGCAGAUGAUGCCUUUGUAGAAGCUGCCUUUGUGCAUCCAAAACAAAAAACAAUGCUUUAAGUUUUUAAACACAAUAUUACCAUUACCUUACUGUCCUGUUGUCUCUAUAUUUGAAAUCUUCAUUUAAUUUUAAUACUUGAAAGGUUUGGGAAGUUGAAAUCCAGGAGGACUGCAGCCUGUGUUGUUGAUACUGCCUGGAACUUGUAUUAACCUGCAUUGAAGGCUCUGAAUCGAGCUGUCACAGACCUUCCUGUGAAUCUGCAGGUUUUUUUCGUUGGUGUGAUCUAAGGACUCAUUACAUGUGCAGGAGCCCAAAGCACAGCACACACAGCUCCUGCAAAUUUAACAGCUUUCCCAUUGAGCUCCAUGUUGUAGGGUGGCACAGAUCCAAGUACGCAUCCCUGAAUUAAUUUGUGCUGUGCCUUUUGCGUACAUGUGUGAUUACGCGCACAAACUCUUCCUUUUUUUUUGCUGGGGGUGUUGCUUAAUAUUUUUGUAGGUGGCUGCUGUGCUUAACAACUCACUCCAUCUCCCCUCUGUUUCAGCGUUGUCCUUAUUUCUGACUUUCUCCCUCUCAAAAUCACUCCUUUCACUUUGGAGACCUGUCACUUUGACUGCUCUGCUUCCUGCUGGAAUGGCAUUCUUGUCAGCCUGAAAUAAAUGGAUGGUGACUGGCCUUCCAGACUCUGGUAGGCAGCUCCUCUAAUGAAUAAUGGGGAACCAUUAAUAUGAAAUAAUAUUACCCCUUUUUUCUAUUUUAAAAAAGGCCAAUUUUUCCUUUGACUAUUUAACAGGCUUCUAAGGCUGCAGUGUGAAACUAAACGGCACAUGAUAAAAAUGAAUCAAGAGUGAAAUGUUUAGCCUACUGUCUUCUGCCUCUUAGUUUCUGUGUUAGUUAUCCUGCUUGCUUUCCAAAUCUUUGCAUUGCUAUCAAAGUGCCAUAUGGUGGUCUUCCCCCACAAUGCAUGUGGAUGGCUUCUGAAGCGCCUGAAAUCAAGGGGGAGGAAUGAGGUGGAGCCAGUCCACUGCUUGUCACUGAGUAGGAGAGGAGCCUGGCUGGCUGGAGACCAGCAUCCUGUUUCUGACAGUGGACAGCCAAAUUCUUCUGGGUAUUUCACAGGAGGGAAUAAAGGCUGCAGUCUUCCCCUGCUUCCAAGCAGCAGCAGUGCAAAUUUAUGGAGUAUGGGGUCCAAUUCCAUUUUAAAGCCAUCUACAAGCCUGUGGGCAAAUAACCUUCCAUUCUGUGUGGAGCUGUGACUUCUUUGGCCUCCCCUGAAUCUAGGAGCAUAGGGACCUACCUGCCUUACGUUGAGCCAGACCAUGGUUCCAGCCAGCUCAGGAUUGUCUACACUGACUGGCAGCGGUUUCAGGUAGGCUUCUCUCCCAGCCCUACCUGGAGAUACCUGGGGGUUAAACCUGGGACCUUCAGCAUGCAGAGCAGACGCUCUGUCACCUGAGCUGCAGCCUUUCCUGCUGCCAGUCUGUUUCAUUGGGCAGCCUUGAGUUCAGGAGAAAAAUAAUACACUCGCACCAGGUAUAAUUGUAUAAUCCUUUAUCAUGUGAUCCCUGCAUUGCAGUGGGUUAGGCUAGGUGGGCCCUAAGGGUCCUUUCCAACUCUGCAAUUCUGUGGUCAUGUACUCUGUCCAUUUUUAGAAAAUAAUGAUAAUAAAUUAAAACUGAGUGACCUUUCUCCGUAGGAAAGGUGCUCCAAUCUCUUGAUUAAUUUAGUUGUCCUUUCCUGUACUUCCGUCAUCCUUACAAUGUCCUCAUUGGGAUGGGGGCAAUCUGAACUGUGCACAGUAUUCCAAACGCAACUGGCAACCUGGUUUUUAUAUACGCGCAUAAUUGUAUUGUGGUGUUUCAAUCCUUUUCCUGAAAAAUAUCCAACCUGGCAUUUGCUACCUCUAGUGCACCGAGUUGAUCUUUUCCUAGGGCCACCUAUGAUGACUCCGAGUUCACUUUCCCUACCCCUUCAGACAUCACUCUGUAUGUGAAGUCAGCUGACUAAUCAAGAUGCAUCAUAUCACUAUUUACAUUGGAUCUCAUUUGGCAUUAUGCUUCUCAUUCACCCCCAGAGGCAUACUCCAUUGUCUCUCAAGACAGGCAGAUGCCAACAACAUCUGGGUUGCUGUGCACCAAGCACAGUGGCAGCCUCCACAGCAGGGGUCAGCCUCCAGCCUUCAGGUCCAGCUUGGCCCCCCAGGCCUGCCUAUUUGGCCUGCUAUAGGGAAGCCAUGCCCAUCAGCCUUAGACCUAAAGUCACUUAUGAUGUUAGUUGUGGGGUGGAAGUGGUUUGCGCCGCUCCUUUAAACCUCCAAAAUUAGAAAUUUAAGGAGCAGUGCAGGAAAGGGAGAAGCAGUUCCCACUGAACAGAAAUCUUUCCUCUUUUUAAGCAAGGCACGAAGCUACUUCCGAGGGCUUUCAGUGCACUUUGAAUUCCCGAAAACUGGGAUGUCAAAGCACAACAUCGCUUGGUCCAGAGGGCGGCAACACGAGAGCCUGUUCUGCAUUGGCUCCCUGUUUGUGGAAUGCUCUCCCAAGGGAGGUUCAUCUCGCACCUUCAUUAUAUAAGUGUUCCUUUUCAACCAGGCCUUUGGCUGAUUACUCUACAGCCUUUUAAAGGUGCUUGUGGGAGAGGAGGCUAUUGUUUUGUUUUUGUUUUAACUACUUAUCUGUGGUUUUAUCUUGUAUUUUUAUCUUGUGAACCACCCUGAGAUCUUUUGAUGAAGGGCUGUAUAGAAAAGCAACAACAACAACAGGAUUGGAACCCGCACUUAAAACUUUAAAGGCUCAUAUUAUGUGGGUUUGACCCUGUAGAGUUUGAAGGGGGUAGGAAGAGGGGGUAGGAGAAGAUUUACAGCGGGAGAGGGAAUCACCUCCUGACUUGCAAAAAGGGGCUGCCACGUCUUGUUUUGAAAACUCCAGGGAAUCGAAACCCUCCCAAUUCACAAGGCAGGAAGCAGAUCUAAAAGCACUUUGGGACGCCCAGCUUGACGGGUCACUUACAGUGCUAAGUAUUUCUCCAGCUUUUAAGCACUUGCCGAUGACACAUUCAGCACACUUCCGGAAAAGUAAAGUGGGAUGUGGAUGACAGCUGCUGGCUUCCAGGUUUCGUGAGCUUCCCUCCAGCUUUUGUGCACCUGAGCAUUUUCUGUACAAUGUGGUAUCAAAUGGUGUUCAUUGCUAGUUUUGUUAGAUGUCACUAGUUUGAAGGCCAUAAUUGGUUUAAACAUUGCAUACUCAAUGAACAUUUGUGCAACUUACAUUAAUGAAACCCUAAGAAAUUCAAAAUGUCACAAAAGAGUGAGCAAGUUGUCAUGUCCUCCAAGUUCAUAACAAUGGAUAAUGAAGCCUUAAGAUAGAGGCCUCAAUCCUAUACAUGCUUACCUGGGAGAAAGCCCCAUUGAAUUAGGUAGUACAUGCUUCCGGCAUGUCAGUGACAUAAUUUGGCUUUGCUGUGCAGGUUUCUGAGACAAGCCUCAUGCCUCAUCCCUUGAUUGUUCUGCCCCCUCCUCCCAAAAUAAAAACAGCCAGCAGCUACCCAAAUUUGUCUCUAACAUUAACCAGAACAUAAAGGUUCCUUGUUGGGCAGAGAGUAAAGAGAAACAAGGCAAUUUUUAUCUAAGCAAAUCUAGAUUACACUCUGCCUUUAUAACAAAUCAGGGGCUUUAGGCUUGAUAGUUUGAGGUAAGUAUUUGGAACAAGGCAAGUCAAAAUUUGUGAAAUAAAGCAUUAAUCAGAGCAAGAGUUAGGUGAAAGUGAAAGCUUUCCGUGAAAGCGAUCUGGGUUGCCCUGUGGAUAGUGUUGGCUGGUGCCUAUUAGGAUUGGUAGAGCAGAAGACAGGGAGCCCAAACAGGAGGAGGACCCAAAGCCACAGGCAGGUGGAGCCAAAUAAUUCUGGCUUUCUCACCAUAUUCCUUCCUGCUGAGUUACACAAGGGCAUCACAAUGGAGGAGGGGGAAGCUGAAAGCCAGGACCAUCCUUUGGGCUGGUUGUAAGAAGACAGACAGUUGGGGGCUGGUUGAGGACAGGCUUAGGUUGUUGGGGCAAUGUCCUGUUCACUAUAACAGGCCAGCCUCUACGGGUCAUAAGGAACAAUUGUGAGUAGAUUUAAUUUGUUCUUUCUGGAAUGCAUUUCUUCUACGAAAUAGUAAUGGCAGCAUUGUCUGUUUCUGGUUCCCUGCCUCUUAUCAUCCCAUCAACCCAUCCUCCUUUGCCAGAAUCGAAUGAGCAAUAGGCAUUGCAUUGUCGUGCUGACUUGUAGGGGGAAGGAAGCCAAGUGCCGGUUGCUUCUUGCUCCCAAGCUGUCUUGAGCAGGGUUACUUGGACAUGACAGUUGGGCAGAAGUGAUAGGAUUUUAUGCUCCAAAUACCGGUAAGAGAAAUACUUCAGAUCACAUAGACCAAAGCUGACUUGAUUCAGAGACACCUCAUCACUCCGAAUCUCCUGGAUUAUUAUUAUUUUUUAAAAGCUCUUCCGCUUACCACAGAAAAAGUCCAUAAAUAUUAACCAGUGCCAGCUGUCAAGGUGUCCAGGUUUUCUCUCUGGUUUCGUACCCACCAUUAAGAUUGGUACGACUCUUUUUGGUGGAAAGGCGAAGGCUUUGUUUUUGUUUGCUUUUAAUGCCAGACAGGUUUUGGGUUGCUCUAGUGAGCUGUCUGGAUUAGCAGUUGCUAACUCCCAGGGGAAUAAAAUGUGCUUUCUCUGCUUUUGUUGUUGUUGCGUGUGUGGAGUUUUGUGGCUAAGGAGUCAAGGGCACCUGCUCAAACUUCACAUCUUGGAAGGCCUCUAAAUGUGCAGAUCAGGGUGUGCUGCAAUGAGAGAAAACCUCCAGCCAGCACUAUCUUCUCUGUCAAGACCCAAACCAAACCCAGUUUAUUGCUCUAAAGGCCUGGAGGCACAGAAGACCAGGAAGGUAGUCUGGUCAUGGGAGGAAGAAAGAGGCAGGCACCCAUAAAGAGAAAUAAGCAGGCCCCUAGUUUAUUUCAUGCCAGCAUGAAAGGCAGAGAUCUAUGCCCUCCGUAUGAGAUGGUCACAGAAAGUAGCAUGGAUGGCUAGCUGUGAGGACCCCUUGGCACCACUAAGGACCAGGCCUAACGUUAGGUAGAAUGGGGUGGCGUUUUUGUCAGGAUCACAGCUAGGGAGUGAAAUGUUAAAUCCAUCUGCAUGUGCUGCAUCCCUGAUUAAAAUUGGCCCUACACUUUGUUUUUGUUUUAACCGUUGAUACACUUGCAAGCUACACAAGUACAUUGGUACCUCUACUUAGGAACACGAUCCAUUCGUAAGUAGAGCGCCGCAACUGCAUGUGCAUGAAGCAUGAUAGAGCGCUUCUGUGCAUGCGCAAAGCGCGCAGAUUGCUUUUGCGCGUGUGCACACGAUGAACCCAGAAGUAAACACUUCCAGGUUUACUGCAUUUGUAACCUGAAAAGUCACAACGUGAAGCAAACGUAACACAAGGUAUGACUGUAUUGUGUUCUUUUUGACCCUCAGUUUCCCUGGGUGGCCUCAGGGAUAAAUUUGGGAGGAAAAAGAGAUGUCACCCUCUUUUGCAUAUCUCUUUUUUCUUCUUCUCACAAGCUCUUGAUUUAAGACAUGAAAACGAGCAGGCAAGUCUUCAAGUUACAGGCGUGUUUUUCUCUUGGGUGGAGUAAAUAGAAAUCCUUGCGGUUGGGCUAUGCGGUUGUGUGGCCAGCCUGCUUUUCUUGGCACUUUUAAUUAAACAUUAUAUGAUGAGAGAGACUGCUCUGAGGCACACUUGUGCUACAAAAUAUGGCUUAAGGAACUGGAAGGGGGGAUGACUAGAAAAGCAUCAAGGGCUUGGGAGUACAAAUAAUAAACAGAUCUUAAUUC